AUGGGCCACCUCCCUAGGGUGUCUCACCCGGUGGGCUCGCCCGCGCAUAGGGGAGUCAGAUACACUCCUGCGGGUAGGAAACUCUUCGGCCCUGUCAUGUCGAGGCGGGGACCCCGCACCCCCAACCCCGCCGACGCGAUAAGCGGCCACAUGCGAUCAGAAUCCCGUAGGCCGCCAGAAUGUGACUUCUGUUGGCGUACUUCGUCAUACACCGCCCGAGACGGAGGCAUCUUUAACCGAAAAAUAGCUGCGAGUCGGGCCAACAACAUCGUUGCCCGAACAACAACGCCUUUAGCGGACACCACCACAAGGAGCGUGCGGCUAUUCUACCGACGAGGACUCAGACGAGUCGUCAAGGGCAUCAAUACCCAGCAUAUCACCCGACAGGUGCUCUUA